CCCCGGCUGUCGGGAGGCUGGCCUGCGGCCGUCCGUGGCCCCACCCCGCAUCCGUCCCCGGAAUUUCGGUCCGCUUUUGGAAGGGACCGGGGUCCGCCGGCCUCCGCGCUCAGAGCCGGCGCCGCCAGCUGAGAAGCCGGCCCUCGGAGCUGCCCGAAGCUUCCGGGCUGCGCCGCGGACCCUGGACUGGGGAAGCGUAUGUGGUUCCGGGCGCCGGGCGUGCGGCGCGCCAAUCAGGGCUGGAUACUGGGGGCGCGUCAGUGCGGGCUUUGCUGUUAGAUGUCACAUCCUGAAUCCUGGUAUGGAGACGUUUCCUGCUUCAAAAUAGCAAUACAAGAUACUGUUUUUUGGAUUUGGGUGGCUUUUCUUCAUGCGCCAAUUGUUUAAGGACUAUGAGGUACGUCAGUACGUUGUACAGGUGAUCUUCUCCGUGACAUUUGCAUUUUCUUGCACCAUGUUUGAGCUCAUUAUCUUUGAAAUCUUAGGAGUAUUGAAUAGCAGCUCUCGUUAUUUUCACUGGAAAAUGAACCUGUGUGUAAUUCUGCUGAUCCUGGUUUUCAUGGUGCCUUUUUACAUUGGCUAUUUUAUUGUGAGCAACAUCCAGCUACUGCAUAAACAACGACUGCUUUUCUCCUGUCUCUUAUGGCUGACCUUUAUGUAUUUCUUCUGGAAACUAGGAGAUCCCUUUCCCAUUCUCAGCCCAAAACAUGGGAUUUUAUCCAUAGAACAGCUCAUCAGCCGGGUUGGUGUGAUUGGAGUGACUCUCAUGGCUCUUCUUUCUGGAUUUGGUGCUGUCAACUGCCCAUACACUUACAUGUCUUACUUCCUCAGGAAUGUGACUGACACAGAUAUUCUAGCCCUGGAACGGCGACUGCUCCAAACCAUGGAUAUGAUCAUAAGCAAAAAGAAAAGGAUGGCAAUGGCACGGAGAACAUUGUUCCAGAAGGGGGAGGUGUAUAACAAACCAUCAGGUUUCUGGGGAAUGAUAAAAAGUGUUGCCACUUCAGCACCAGGAAGUGAAAUGCCAGAUCUUACUCUUAUUCAACAGGAAGUGGAUGCUUUGGAAGAACUAAGCAGGCAGCUUUUUCUGGAAACAGCUGAUCUGUAUGCUACCAAGGAGAGAAUAGAAUACUCCAAAACCUUCAAAGGGAAAUAUUUUAAUUUUCUUGGUUACUUUUUCUCUAUUUACUGUGUUUGGAAAAUUUUCAUGGCCACCAUCAAUAUUGUUUUUGAUCGAGUUGGGAAAACAGAUCCUGUCACAAGAGGCAUUGAGAUCACUGUGAAUUAUCUGGGAAUCCAAUUUGAUGUGAAGUUUUGGUCCCAACACAUUUCCUUCAUUCUUGUUGGAAUAAUCAUUGUCACGUCCAUCAGAGGAUUGCUGAUCACUCUUACCAAGUUCUUUUAUGCCAUCUCUAGCAGUAAGUCCUCCAAUGUCAUUGUCCUGCUGUUAGCACAGAUAAUGGGCAUGUACUUUGUCUCCUCUGUGCUGCUGAUUCGAAUGAGUAUGCCUCUAGAAUACCGCACCAUAAUCACCGAGGUCCUUGGAGAGCUGCAGUUCAACUUCUAUCACCGUUGGUUUGAUGUGAUCUUCCUGGUCAGCGCGCUCUCUAGCAUACUGUUCCUCUAUUUGGCUCACAAACAGGCACCAGAGAAGCAUAUGGCACCUUGAACUCAGGCCUACUACAGACCGUUAGAGGCCAGUGGUCUCAAAAUUUAGAUAUCAGAGGGGAAGAAAAUGGAGGGAACCAGGGCCUGACAUUUUACAAACACACACGAUGUAGCAUUUUUACCACGAGUAGCAUCAGCCAGAACAUGAGGGAGAGAAGUAACUCAAGACAAUACUCAGCGGAGAGUGUCCUGUGUGGACCUGAGGCUGGUGCAGAAGCGGAGAGGAGCCAAGAAACUAAAGGGGAAAAAUAAAUACACUGGAACUCUGGGGCAAGAGAUGUCUGUGGUAGCUGGGCCAAACAAACACAUAGGAUUUCCAUUUUAAGGUUCACAUGGAGAAGGUUACAGCUUUCGCCUGAGAUUGACUGUCAUUAAAAUCAGAGAUUGUAACACUUUGGCCUUAAGUUCAUUUUAUCAAGCAUAGCUUGGUAUUAUGCUUGUGUGAUCUAACAUAAGUUAGCAUCCCAUCCCUCCUCAUCUGAUCCUGCCACAUCAUUAAAAUAACCAAGAGGUUUCUGUUCUUUUCCGGGAAAGGGACGGUGUAUACCUGAAAUAGAUUCUACCGAAAGAGAGACUUCAGGUAUGUCAUUUUUUCUUGAUUUCCUGUUAACUUGGUAUUAUAUCCUACAUUCAA